AUGAUCAAGAUCAACUUCAAUUGGAGAACGUUUUAUCUUCUUACAAUUGUAUUUCGAUUUGUGUUUACUCUAUCAGACUCGUACAUUCACCCUGACGAACAUUUCCAAAGUUUAGAAGUACUCACCAACCGUAUCUUAAACUAUUCCACUAACAUUCCCUGGGAGUUUCAAGAUGAUCCAGCAAGAAGUUUAGCUCCAUUGUACUUUAUUUAUGGACCUUUGCUUUAUUUCAUAAAAUUUUUCAAGUUGAACUUGACUGCUUUGCAAAUAUGGUAUAUUGCACGAUUACAGAUAAGUAUACUAAGUUGGAUUAUCACCGAUUUCUGCUUGUAUUGGAUGUUACCCUCUAAACCAGAACGUAUCAAAGCUAUUUUCUUCACACUGACAUCGUAUAUCACAUUAGUUUAUCAAAACCAUUUAUUUUCCAAUAGCAUUGAAACAUUAUUGUUGUUAGUUACAAUUUUACUAAUUGAUGACUUACGAUAUGUUCAAGAAUCCAAAGAUCAAGAUGUUCAAAAUUUAAACAAAAACAAGAAUUUAUUCUAUACUGGGGUGUUGAUUUCCCUUGGUAUAUUUAAUAGAAUAACUUUUCCAGCUUUUUUGAUUCUUCCUGGUUGGUUUGUAAUGAAGUAUGUGCUCAAGCAUUACGUCAGUGGAUUAUACUUAGUCAUGGGGUUCUUUUCAACUACGGCCUUACUAAUACUAGUUGACACAAUAUUAUUUGGAAAUAUCAACAACGUUGUAGCGGAACCAUUCAAUGUAUCCAGCUACAUCAUUGCACCAUUGAACAAUUUGUUAUACAACGCCAGGUAUGAGAACUUGGCCCAACAUGGAAUUCACCCGUACUACACACAUAUAUUAGUCAAUAUGCCUCAGAUUCUUGGACCUGGCUUAAUUUUCUUUGUUUCCAAGUCUUACACCAAAACCACACCAUUUUUAACUGUCAUUAGUGGGCUAUUGUUUCUUUCAGUAAUCCCACACCAGGAAUUAAGAUUUUUGAUUCCACUUUUACCUCUUGCAUGUUGCAGUUUUGAUUUUACCUUGAAAUGGGUACAACCAUGGAUGCUAUAUACGUGGUAUAUUUUCAACAUCUUCAUGAGUAUAUUAAUGGGGAAAUUACACCAAGGAGGGGUUGUACCAGUAUUAGACCAUAUAAAACUGGAAGCAUCAGUACAAGUGUGGUGGAGAACUUAUACACCACCUAGCUGGAUCUUGGGUAGCAAUUCAACUGAAACUACACAUCUUGGUGAAAAAUUGAAUGACAAUAAAUUUAUUAAUAUUGUUGAUUGUAUGGGUGCAGAUAGCAAAGAGGUCCAACAAAUCCUUCAAACGAUCUCAACAAAUAAACCAGUAUAUUUAAUUACCCCAAUAGCUUCUUUCAAACACUUUGAUGAAUCCCGAUUUAGCCCAGUUUGGAACUACACUUUUCAUUUGGAUUUAGACCAUUUAGACUUUGCAGAUAUCCAACCUGGUUUAGGUGUCUAUCAGUUAUUAUAG